AGAUGGGUCAAGAUCAGCCCCCGAGGGCGGGGUUAUGGUCACUGGAAAUAAAUGUCAGUGUCACACAGAUGAGGGUUAGCAUCACAAAGGUAGGAGGAAUCAGUCUGAAGUUCAGAGAGAGACAAGGUGUCUGAGACUUACACAGCAGGGAACACUGUGAGCUUCAGCAUCUCUCAAAUUAGGUGCAUCUUUCCCUGAAGAGGGGGAGAGAAAUGCUGGGUUCCAGAUCCAUUCUCCACUGUGUCGAGGACUGAGUCAUCUGGUCUCUGUCGAUGCACCUCUAAUAUCUGGCACCACAUCCUACUCUUUGGGAACUCAAACCUGCAAUUGAAAGAAUUCAGAUGACAGUUGUUCCAACUCUAGAAUCCCUUCCUGCUCCAUCUUAGUGUUCUUCUUUCCUUCCUUGGCAUUCUUUUCAAGGCACUGAACCUCAUCUUCAGAAAAGACUUCCAACAUGAUUAUGAAUUUAAUCCUCCUGUGGGCUCUCUUGAACCUGCCUGUUGCUUUGACCUUUGAUCCAGACGACAAAAAUUCUAUCACUCCCCCCUACCUGAUCUACUUGAAGUCUGAUUACUUGCCUUGUGUUGGAGUCCUGAUCCACCCUCUUUGGGUGAUCACAGCCGCACACUGUAACUUACCGAAGCUUCAGUUAAUACUGGGGCUUACAAAACCAUCCAAUAUAAAUGAAGAAAAAUACAUACAAGUGGUUGGUUAUGAGAAGAUGAUUCAUCACCCACAAUUUUCCAUCACUUCUAUUGAGCACAACCUCAUGUUAAUCAAGCUGCAAACCCAUAUUGAACUCAACAACUACGUGAACACAGUCAGCCUGCCCAGAGAACCUGCCGCUGAAGACGACAUGUGCACCAUCUCUACCUGGGCCUACAACUUGUGUGAUCUCUACAAGGACCCUGACUCACUGCAGAAUGUGAAUAUCUCUGUAAUCUCCAAAGUUGAGUGCCGCAGAGCCUAUAAAAACAUCCGCAUCAGAGACAAUAUGUUAUGUGUGGGCAUCGUGCCAGGAAGGAGGCAGCCCUGCAAGGAAGUCACAGCUGCCCCAGCGGUGUGCAAUGGGAUACUUCAAGGAAUCCUGACAUUUGCAGAUGGGUGUGUUUUGAGAGGCGAUGUGGGUAUCUAUACCAGGAUUUUUAACUACAUACCCUGGAUUGAAAAUACCAUCCGGAAUAACUGAGUUCUCAUGGCAAGAAUUCUAGACCCUGUGACACCACCUGUUCCUAAGUGCAGCCUCAGAAUUAAAUCUAACCAGGUGUCCUGAAUGCA